AUGAUGAAGGUUCAUAAGUAGAAAACUCUAAGAAAUUAGAUAAAUAAAAAUUGUAAUAGUAGAAUAUUAAUACUUAGUUCUCUGAAUAUUUAAAGAACUAGAUUAAAUAGGGUCCUCAUUAUAGUAAUUUAAAUAUACAAAUUUAGAAGUAGCUCUCAAAUUAAUCGGUAGAUGACCAUUCUUCAAAUCAAGCUUAUGAUAGUUAAAUUUAAAAAUGCAAGAAAAAAGAAAAGAGCAAGAGUAAGUAAAAUAUUAACAAUCUAUCAAGUCCUAAAAAGGAUAUUUCAAACAAUAAAACCUUGA